GAGAGCGUUGCCGAACACAGUGGCAGCCAGCAACGUGGGAUUAGCGUGACCUAAGCCCGCGUGGCACGCUAAUCGCUCAAUCAACCCUCGUCGCGAGAGAGAUUUCGAUGGAAGGCUAAGCGAUACCGUAAAGUAACAUCGGUAAAAAAUAUCGGAUUACGAGUGCUUUUGUAUGAUGCGUGCGGUAAGGUAAAGUGAAUCCUAUUAAUCAUCUCGCAAAGCGGAUACUUGUGAAAUUCGCGUAUGAUGGAAACGCAAGCGUCGGCCAAGCCGCUGGAAGAUAUUUACGGCAAUCGUGGAAAAUCAUCCGUUUCGUCGAGCACGGCGAAUCAUCUGAUAUUUGCUAUCAGAUAAUGCUGGGCCAUCAUCGAUAAUGGAGCGAUAAUCCGGCUAAUAUUCGCAUCGCGAAGCUGACCGUUGCAGUCAAGGACGGUCCAUCGAAUACCGAUCAGUUCACGGAAGACGGAACGAAUCCAGAUUUCUUCCUGACUAAAGUAAUGCCCGGAAGGGCUAUCAGUUGGGCGUACAAUUACAUUUAUGGGAAUCUUUAAUGCUGCGAUUUUGGAUCCGCGAAGAAGCAGUUGCAAAUUGAAGUAAAUAAAGAGUUAUCAUAUUUCAUCUCUCAAUCUUUAAUAAGCAAUUAGCAGUAAGUAAAGAAGAUCGAGUCAGAUACUGCCGGCAAGUACUUGUAUAAUACUUAUUUAAAUAUCAACACGCUUAUAUAUAUGAAUUGCGUACUAUAUUUGACACGUGAGAGAAAUUCGGAGAAAAAGCUUUUCUGCUCGCGAACACACAAAAUUGCUCUUGGGUUCGGUGAAAAGACAUAUAGAAGAAAGGUAUUUCCCGUAGUAGCCAUUGGUGCAAAAAGCAUCGACUGCUAAUGAACGGACGAAUUGGCAAGGCACAUCGACGAUCAGCUUUUAUGUGGCUUGUAGUUGUUGCUGUUACGAGGGAAGAAGAUCGUUAGCAGCGUCGUCCGGAAAUCCUACGGAAGAUUAAUGAACGGUGCAGCUACGUCGUGGCGAUAAUAGCCGCGAUAGAAUCUGCGGAAAAUUCUCUCUCCCUUUCCGGUCCGACGGUGGUGAUUCGAGAAGUCGACUUGAUGUUGUCGCGCUUCCUGCAGGAGCUGUCAUCAGCGGACAAUAAGAGCGCCGUCGCAGAGAAACGGAAGGCCGACGGUUUGUGAUCGUUUCGACAGCGGGCCGAUCGUUCCCGCGUCACAACCGAUCGCGACAGCGUACCGAUCGUCACAAUAGUUGCCGAUGAGGGUAAUGUGACGAAGGCGGUGAGGGCAGGUGAAGAGAUGACGGUGACGGUGACGCCGUCGACUUCCGACGUCGCCGACAAGGCGGUGUCGACGGACGAUGGCGGCAGCGGCGGCAUGGAAGUGGCGCGUCUCGAGGCCGUUCUCGCCGCCCUGGUGGAAACGAAAGUGGAAGCGAUGAAAGCAUCGUCGACGCUGAGCCGACGUUCCGGUAGCGCACCCGCCAGUCCGCGCCGACCUAGAUUGACGUCUACCUCGACGGCCUCCUCCUCGUUGAAUCAUCACCAUCAUCAUCAUCAUCAUCAUCAUCAUCAUCAUCAUCAGCAUCACUCGCAGCAGCAGCAGCAGCAGCAACUGCACAAUAAGAAAAAAGGCCAGCAUCACCGCCAUCGUCGUAAACGUCACGACUCCGCACCUUGCGGGAGCGAUUAUCUCAACAAUAUGAUGGAUCAUUCUCAGCAUAAAUUACCUAACGGAAAGGAACGGAGAAGAGCCUCCGAAAGUCCUAGAAGUCCUCGAAAGAAGCGCAGGCAUUCGAGGAGCCCAAAUGUUCUUCAGGGCGUUGUCCAAGACGUUCACACCGGUCUCGAUUCGCGCUUCGAGCUGCUCGGUAUUGACGGCGACCAAGAUGUGGCUCUAAUAAACUUCGAAAGGGCCAAGGAAAUCCUCGGCGGCUCCUGCGAAUAUCCACGGCUGCACCGAAGUGCCUGCUACUUUUCCCAAAGCGCAGCUCAAUUAAAAAUUCAUUACGACGACGACGACGACUAUGUGGCGUUGAACGUAGCCGACGAGCUGGAGGAGGUAGAGAUCCUGAGCGGUCCGGAGAAGGUGGACGAGCCUCAGGGAAGAUAUCACCGACCACGAAGAAAGCGCAAACGUAAACGACGCAAGAUGGAUUCCGUCGGUCCGGACGAGGAGCUCGUCGAUCCCGAAGAACUCCCUCCUCGUGCACGAUGGACGAUCGUCGCGACCGCUUGUCUUCUACUCGCCAUGUCCCUGCUCUUGGUCGGUGUCACGUUGAGGAUGGCUCCUAUAAUCGACGAGAUGGUACGGAAGCAGAACGAGGAACUGCUAAACUCCCUGAACAGGGACAUUUCCGUGCCUGAGAACGUUACGGCGCCGCCCUAAAGCCGAGUGUUGAAAACGGAAGUGCAUCGCUUGUCUGUCACUCUCGAUUCGCAUCAGCCACGUGUGACACGAUGAUGUCCUCACCUCGCGAGGUCGUAACUUCACGACAGCAUCGUCGAGGAUCAACAUCGGCGUCGUUUCGUUUUACGAAACAUCCGGGGGGCGAUUGAGGGGAAAAAUCUCAAGACAAAAUGGUGAGAAAGAUUGGCAGUUUUGGCGUAUUCAUCUCUUCGGCAAAUCUCAUCGGAUUCGAUAGCACGCUGAUUAGGUGUAUCGCAGUUUUGACACGACGCUUCAAGUACGCGUUUUUCUAUACGACGCCGCGGUAAGAUUGUUGCAAGGUACUCGCGAAAAACCCGAUCGCGAUAUUCGAUAUAUUAUAUUGUACUGUUGUAUUGUUACCGCAUAUAGAAAUGGUAUGUGUGUGCAUAUGCACACCAUGUAUCGUAUCAAUGCAGACUAUGUGCCCUCGAUUCCAGAAGGCUGCGCCAAUAAGAGCUCACUCCGAUCAGACGUACCGGACCGGCAUUUAAUCUGAAUUAUUGGUAAAGUUCGGCGUCAAAUUAAAUUACUUAGCAGUAACAUUUUUAUCUGGAUGAAUACAUUUCGCAAAACACAAUUGGAUUUGGAAAUUUUUAGCAAAACUGUAAUAAUCCGAUAUAUUAUCCGAUAAUUAUUGGCGCAUAUAAUCGGCAAUAUACUCGGUAAUAAUAUCGUAUGCAUUAAAUAAUAAAACAUAUAUUUCGCGGAGUGUCCGAUCUGCGUUGAAACGCGUCAUAAUUCUUUAAGCUCGCGAUACUUGGUGAGAGCUCGCGUAGUUCGCGAUAUUCAAUCCGACGAUAAAUCGCGCACCGAAUGCCAACAACGAAGGAACGAUUAGAAAAGUGACACGUAAGAAAAUGUGGUGUCGUAGACGUAGCAUCUGGUCAUUCGUUCGUCAGCGAAGGAAUCGACGUGUGACGAGAGAGACCUCCCUUCUAUAAUACGCUUCGAGUACGAGUGGGAUGUAUGUACGUGGCCCGAAUCAGGUACACGUGAGUAUCGAUCUGUCAUCAACACGCGAAUACGGGCUUCAUACGUCACGGAUUCGCGAGAAAUCGUGUCGCAGGACAAAAACGCGACAUAGAGUAUAGCUCCUUUUGUGCUUUUUUUUACACGUCUUCCAGGACGCGAGAAAAGACAUAAACUCGAUAAAGGGGGAGGGGAGGGUUCUCUCAGUCGUUGAUUCUUUAGCGUCGACGACACGUUUGCGACGUUCUCGCGGAUGUAGAAAGCUGUACAUAAAAGAAAGUUUGUUAUUAACAUUAUCGUUUGUAGUUAAACGUUGAGAGGAUAGUCGAGAUAAGGGCCAAAUUGUUGUUGUCAAUUUGUAAGAUAUACUGUCGUAGAAGACGUUCGUUGAGAUCGCGCGCGAUGCAGGAGAAGAAAGGAGAGACGGAGCGCACGAUCAGUUAUUGAAGUAUGUGUGUUCACGUGUGGUAUCGUGCGUAUGUGCAUUGUUGUAUGUAUAAAAGUACAGUUUACGCUUCGCACGAAACGGCCAAACAAUUUUUAUUCGUUUCACUUUGCUGCUCUCGGUGCAAUUUUCAAUUUUGCUUUGUGCACUAAUUGCUUACAGUUUUAUCGAAUGCUUUUCGUCGAGUAAUGGCGACUCAGCAAGAACUUUUUCCGAUACGUGUAGGUAUUUUGAAAUCUCUUUCCACGAGUAUAGAAAAUAUAUUUGUUCGACUUAUGAAUCUUGUAUUUUGCAUCUUGAUUAAGCAAUGUACAUAAUUACGAUAGUGCGAUACGCGUUACGUUCUACAAAUUUAUUUAAUUCUGCGUAAUUCUAUGUAAAAAAAAAAAUGUCGAUUAUUUUUAUUAAAAAUAUUAUCGCUACUCGCAGUUAAAGAGAGAUUUGAAUUUUUCAUGCAAAAUUUGAAUUCCGUUACCGAAUUCGUGAUCAAAAUUAUUUUAAUUUGAUAUAUCAAAUUAAAUCUAAUAUUAAAAUUGCUGAAACCGAUGACAUUUCAUGACACUGAAAAGGUCACAUUGGCAUAUAGAUAAAAGAAACUAUAACUCGUGGUGUAUAGACACCGUUUAUGCUUAACGGAUACAAUCUGGCUUACACUGAAAAAUAUAACCGACACGUCUCGCAACAAAAGCUCUCUGUGGUACGACGAUGUCGAACUUUAAUAUCGCUUAAGAUCAGAAGAAAUAAAAAUUUGGCAAAAAUCGUAUUUGUUGAGAAAAGCUUUUCUCGCGCGUCGCUCAAUAUAAUAAAAUUGUAUCGUUCAGACCAAUAUAUGAACAUUAUUCUUUCUUAUAACUGUCACAUUUAUUAGAUUUUCGAAAUGCACAAAGCGCAUCGGAACACAAAUGCUUUCUUCUCCGCAUCUUUUUCUCUUUAUAUAAAAUAUUAGAAUGAGUGUGUGAUAUUUUCAUAUAAUUAAUUUUAUAAUUAAAAUAUCUGUUUUUGAGGAAUUGAACUACAGACUCGAAUCUCUGCGAGUUUGCUUGCUACCGAAAGAUCUUUUUUAUCUGAGAUAACGUACGAUAACGUGUCUAUAAAUACUGUUGGAAUUUAUUCGCGCGAACACACGUUAUAGUGACUAGUCCCUAAUGCCGUUUCCGCGACGCAUAGAAUAAUAGAUGCUUACGAAGGAGGCAAAUUAGAAUUUUUAUGACUACCUGUUAUUAUCAGACUCAUACACGUAUACGUCGAAUUUAAGGCAUACGUCUCUGAAACACUAUGCGAUUGUGAAGGUAAAUCGACCAGUAAGGAUCGAAGAAUUUUUCUUCGUUUCUUUCCAAAGACCAAUCUCUUCUCGAUUCGUCAAUUUCUCUGUUCUCGGUGCCGGAAUUAACGCGUCUGCGUCGCUCCGUUUCGCUGUCUAUUCUAAAGGUAACCGUCCUGAGAAUUAUGUUUUACUAAAAACUAUUUCGCGUUUAAGAUAUCCCUUUGCUUUACCUACUUACCUACGAGAACGACAGGAUCGGCGAGAGAUAGGCUCGAUCGAUCGCACUCAUCGCACGCUCGAUGAUUUUGUUCACCGUCGAAGAGGGAAAACGAUUGGUUUUGAUAAGUACGUCUGCGUCGCACAAUCAAUCGGCAAACGUAAUCGCCGAUCUCUCGCGAUAUGCAUCGCAUAAGAAUAUAUAAGUUAGAAGCUUAACGAUAAUCAGUCUUUCGGGCGAACGUCGCGCGGGCCUUUUUUUCUAGUUAAGAUUAUCGGCAUUGGAGAUCGAUAGCUUACGGAGACGCAGUCCGAUAUCACUGAUAAGUUUGUUAACGUAGUUUUAAAGCAACUAUCAUGGCCGUAGAUCUCUCGAUAGAAUAUUUCGGCUAUAGGUUUCAGCUGCCAAUCGACCUGGCGACGAAAAAAAAAUAAAAAAAAAAAAUGCAAUAAUUCGUUGCGCGUAGACAACCGUUUUCUAUGAGGAUAUUCCCUUUUCUAUCUGUAAUUAGUAAUUUUUAGGAGCACUUGUAGAAAAAGCGUUGUAUAGCGUAUGAUUUUUUUUCCGCUAUGCCUUUCUCUCAAGACGACUUUUCGUCUUUAUUUUCGCUUAAAAAUUGCUUGGAGAGCGCUUGGCCUAACGCGAAAAAUUUAAAUUUAAAAAGCGAGCUAAUAAAUAGUUUAGAGCUCUCGUGGCUGCCUGAUAGUCUCGAAGAGAUCUCACAAGGGCGAAUCGAGUUCGACGAGUGUUUGAGCAUAUAGUGACAUUAAAAGCUUUUUAAGAGAGUAAACACAGAGCGAGCGAGCGAGCGAGCGAGCGAGCGAGAGAGAGAGAGAGAAAAUAAAAUAUAUACAUAUAUAUAUAUAUAUAUAUAUAUAUAUAUAUGCGCUCGUUACAUUUUUAUUUCUUACGACAUUAUAAUCGAGGAAAAUAUAAUCGCGCGGACUUGGCAUUGCAUAACAAAAAGCUCUUUUUUUUUUCAUAGUCACAUUCAUAGUUAAAAUUUAAGCUCCAGAUAUGAGAUGCAUGUGCCAAACCUGUGCGUGUAUGUUACAAUACUUUAGAUUUCCUUCGACAAUUAUAGUGCCGAUGGUGUGAGUACGAUCGCUUGUGUGUGCGUUUUUACGAAAGAAGAACGAGCACUUUUUCCGUCGAGAGAACACAGCGUAAUUCGUUACGAGGACGACAAGCUCAACUCGGGAUUAAACAGAUCGUUCUCCGAUCGUCGCACGGAAUUGUUAAGCAAAAUGGUACUUAUUCGUCGUAUUACCUUCGAUUUCAUCUUUUUAUUUAUACCAAUAAUAAUGCAUUAGCGAUAUAAUAUGAUUGACAUAAAAGCGUUUUUUUUAUAAAAAAAAGGUACAGAAGAUAAAAUAUACAAAACUUUAACUUCAAAAGUUACCUUUAAAAUGCGAUUAAGGAGUUUAACAUAAUAUGAUUAUUAAAAUUGUAUCAAAAGAGAUAAAUCGAUUUAAAAAAUUAUUUGCUUUAAAGAAAUAUUUAGAACGUAAUUUAUGUUUAAUAAUAAUAUUUAAAUAUAACAAAAAUGAUAUUUGUAUGAUUAUUUUUUUUUUUUUGGAGGAAGAUAAAAAAGUUUAUAUCUAGUUACUUCUUAAAUUAUUCCAUUAUGUCAAAUUAUUAAUUAUUUCUUAAUUAUAUCAAAUUAUUAAUUACAUUGGGAUCUAGCAAAAUUUAAAAAUUUAUUUAUCUUCUCCUUUUUUUCUACGAUAUAAAGCCUUUGUUAAAUAUUUAAGACACUCCAUAUUAAAUGAGAAACGCACAUAAUUCUACGCAUUGUGCGUAAAAUAUAUAUGCAGAUUAAUCCGUUUUUUUUUUUUUUGCUUUUUUCGUACAAUUGGACAACGUGCAUAACAUUGAAUAAUAAACGGAAUAAAAAACUGCAUGUAAGUUUUUAUCUUGUCGCUCGCGUAUACGAGAGGACGCGUGUUUUUUUUCGAUGGAAAAGAUUCAUGCGAGUGCCCGCAUUCCGGACACGUUGACGAGAUUUUACGCCAGGGAUUGUAGUAGUAAUAUAAUAAUCUCGACCACGCAAGAUGUGUAUCAUAACGAGGGGCGUUGUGAGAUGUUAAAAUGGAAUGAGACAUUAUAAAAAUUUAUGUUUCUAUAUUGUAAUAAAGCGUUUAUGUAUAACGGGGUUAUUAUAAUGCAAAAAUAUACAUACUAGUUGUCCGGUU